CGUCGCACCGGGACCCAGGAUCUGUACUACACAUACACAGCGGCAAGUGCACAACCGACCGACCAACCGACCGACCGAUCGGCAGGCAGGAGCGGAACAGAGCGGAGCAGCAUGGACCUGUGAGGGCGGAGGGGCCGACCGGGACCUGCUCCCCAAAAAAUCACUGAUUUGUUUAUUAUUACCGCGUCUGCGAGCUGUUCCCCCCCAACAUGGAGACCAGAGGCUGCUGCUGGCUGCUCCUGGCUGCUCACCUCAUCUUCAUCUGCCCACAAGCUGAAGGAUAUGCUUACAGGAACCAACGCAAGUUCUCAGAAGACAUCGACUGGUCGUACGCAGGAACAUUAAACCAAAACAACUGGGCCAAGAAGUUUCCAUCCUGCAGCAACGCCAAGCAGUCUCCCAUCAACAUCGAGGAGAACCUGGCCCAGGUGAAGCUGCAGUACCAAAAGCUGCAGUUUGACGGCUGGGAGAGUCCGACCACCGACGGGACAACCAUCAAGAAUGACGGCAAGACUGUGGCGGUGGAUGUGGAUGGAGAGUUUUAUGUCAGUGGAGGAGGCCUCAGGUCAAAGUUCAAGGUCGGACGCAUCACCUUCCACUGGGGGCGCUGCAACGCGUCUUCAGACGGCUCCGAACACAGUCUGGAUGGAGUCAAAUACCCUCUAGAGAUGCAGAUCUACUGUUACGAGGCUCAUCGGUUUGAGUCUUUAGAUGAAACCAUCAAGGCCGGAGGCAGAAUCACGGCACUCGCUGUGCUGUUUGAGACGACGGUUGAAGACAAUGAGAACUACGCAGCCAUCAUUGACAGUAUCAACAGUGUCAGCAGAUACGGAAAGAGCGCUGGGGUUUUGCCCUUCACCCUCCGAGGUCUCCUGCCGAACUACACAGACAAAUAUUUCAUCUACAACGGCUCUCUGACCACGCCGCCCUGCAGCGAGAUCGUGGAGUGGAUCGUCUUCAAGAACACGGUGGCCAUCUCUGACGAACAGCUGGAGAUGUUCUGCGAGGUGAUGACGAUGCAGCAGGCCGGAUACGCGAUGCUGAUGGACUACCUGCAGAACAACUACAGGGAGCAGCAGCAGCAGUUCAUGGGACAGGUGUUCUCCUCCUACACUGGCAUCGAGGAGGUGCUCACACCAGUCUGCAGCUCAGAGCCCGAGAACAUCCAGGCGGCGCCCUACAACCUCAGCAGCCUGCUGGUGACGUGGGAGCGGCCACGGGCGGUGUACGACACCAGCAUCGAGAAAUAUUCUGUCAGCUACCGACUGGCUAACCUGGAAAAUUCUGUCCCCUCUGAAUACCUGACUGAUGGAGACCAGGAUGUGGGAGCGAUACUCGACGAUCUGUUAGCCAACACCAGCUACAUGGUCCAGGUGGUGGCAGUCUGCUCCAAUGGUCUGUACGGACGUAUGAGUGACCUGCUGACAGUCGACAUGCCCGCCGACGACCCCGAAAAUGCAUUGGAUCCAGUUUCAGAUGAAUUUGAUGAUGAGGACAGCUAUGAACCCGAUAUGUCCUGGAAUGUCCCAGCCGAGGAUUAUGAUCCAACCUUGAUUCCUGCAAAUUCGCCGCAAACCACGACUUUUGGAUCACCUCUUUUACCUCUACCUGGCAUGAGAACCACAACAGUGGAGACGGGUCAGAGAAGAACCACCACUGAUCCAGUUCCCACCGUCAGAUCCACUCAGUCUGGCCAACUGAGUAACUCAGACGAGACAGCACACCGCAGUACCUCCACAGAGCCACCAGAGGUCACCCUGACACCAGAAACCAGAGGAGAUGCUGACUUCAGUGGCAAAGCUCCCUCUACGCCCUUAUACUUCGAUACAAAGACGGACAGUGUCCUUGGAGGCAUCAUUCCAGAAGGUGGUGUUAAUACCACUACUCCUACAUUCACUGGUGACAUGAGCAGCACAACAACAUCAUCAUCCUUCAUCCAGGCUGAGACUGACCAAGGCAUGGGGAGUCCCAUAAACGAAGACGCCACCCCUGAACGUGGAGGUCUUCCAGAAAUCCACACUACGACCUCCCAGCCUUCCUCCUCGAGUGAAGCUGGUCCACGUAGUCCCACGAGUCCCAGCAUGCCUAAUUUUUCGCCCGGUACGACCUCUGUCAGGUUGAGUGAUGUUCUCUUGCAGCCCGCAAAGCCAAUGUCCAAUGGUGAGCGCCCCUCUGUCCUCCCCUCUUCUUCCUCCUCCUCCUUCACCUCCUCCCCUCUUUGUGACACCAUGGACCCCAACACUGCCCCCUCCACCUGCUUGCAUGACCCUCCUUCCUCGUCUUGGCCUGUGUUGUCUGCCUCUGCAAUGGACUCCCAGCAUGCUGCUAAUGUACGGCUGUCUAGCAAAGACCCAGCUUCUCCUUCAACCCACAUGCUCACUGCCUCCACCCUGCCUCGCCUCCCUCACCCCUCGCACCCCCUGUCUGGUUGGGAGACUGACCCCGUCUUCCCCGGUGUCGAGUUUGAUGAUAGUGAUAGCGAUGGUGAUUUGAUGUCUGGGUCUUCGUCUUCGUCGGUUUCUUCAGGUGACCCCUUAGUGUUUAGCGAUACCCCUCCUCUCCAAACAAUGCCAGAUUUGUCUGGCACCACCGUCGCUGCCGAGCUGUCUAAAUCGUCCUGGGAUCCGUCACUCUCAACAGUGUCUCUGUCUCUAAGCCCCACCCUUCAGCCUUCAGUUCUGCUUUCUAGUGACUUCACCCUCUCUGGCACAACACCGGGCUUAUCCCACUCUUUCUUAGCAGGGUUUGAGGACUCAAGGUAUGCUACAGGGAGCACUAUAGAGUCUUUUCUCCCUGAAGUCAGCGGUGAUGGAUUUCCAUUAGCUAGCAAUGUGGACGCCAUGUGUGGCUGUUCUCUGGAGCUAUCGGCGUCCUCAUCCUGGUUGCAUGCCUCUCCUCAUGUCCCCCUGCCAUCUUCAGCCUGGGACUCUGCUAGCUUAGAACUUUACUCUAGUGUCGGCCUCCUUUCGGCUUCUGGUGUUGGUAUAGAUGACCUCUAUUCUCUAUCUGUGGUGGAUUCUGAUGGUCUGUCCUCAGACCAGCCUCUGCUCUCACAUAGCGCUAUCUCUCCCUCAUCGUCCUCUCUAUACUCCCACCUUGUCCAAGCCACCCACAGUGACCUGCCCGUUUCUGUUGCAGCCACAGCGUCUGGCGUCAGGGAUUCCUGGUUCUCUGUGUCAAAUGGGAUCUCCACCCUCCCAUCCUCACCCACAGCCUCCCCCUUCACCCCCACCCCAGAGGGACAGGUGUUAGACACUAGCAGCAGUGCCUCCGGGUCAGCCCUAUUCCCUGAUUCCCAGGAGGGCAUAGAUCAGGAGUGGGAAAGGGGUCAGAGCUCAGCCUCAGGAGAGAACGCACUCCCUUAUUCAACCAAAUUCACUAACACCAUUCCCCCGUCUACAACCUUGGAGUCCGGCCAGAGCCCAGAUGAUUUAGACGAACGCUCCUCAGCAUUCUAUUUUGAAAGCGAGAGUGGCAGUGCCAUUACCUCGGAGGUAGGAAGCACUGCAGCUCCAACCACUUUUACGGUAACCUCGACUUCACCCUGGUCGCUGGGUGGGGAGGAGGAGAGCGGCUCAGGGCAGGGUGAAAGCCUGUAUGACAACGAGACGUCCUCUGACUUCAGUAUCUCCGAGCGCACGGAAAAAGAGUUGGAGGAAGAGGAUCCAGUCGCAGAUGCCAGUAACAGCAGCCACGAGUCGAGGGUCGGUUCGAUCAGGGAAAGAGAGAGGAAGGCUGUGGUUCCCCUGGCCGUCAUCUCCACCCUCACCGUUGUCGGCCUCAUCGUCCUCAUCAGUAUCCUCAUCUACUGGAGGACCUGUUUUCAGACGGCUCACUUCUACAUCGACGAAAGCUCAUCACCCAGAGUCAUCGCUUCACCGUCCAUAGCUGCAUUAACAUCUGACGAGCAGACGGCUUUUCCAGUCAGAGACUUUGUCAAACACGUCGCUGAACUUCACGACACUCAGGGCUUCCAACGAGAGUUCGAGAUACUGAAGGAGAGCUACGAGGAGGUGCAGGUGUGCACAGUGGACAUGGGGCUGACGACUGACAGCUCCAACCAUCCUGACAACAGGACUAAAAACAGAUACAGCAACAUCCUGGCCUAUGAUCACAGCCGGGUGCGGCUCUCGCAGGCUGAUAAAGACGGAAGGACGAGAGAUUACAUCAACGCAAACUAUGUGGAUAGUUUUAAAAAGACCAGGUCGUACAUCGCCGCUCAGGGUCCUCUGAGGUCCAGCACCGAGGACUUCUGGAGGAUGAUCUGGGAGCAAAACGUUGGCGUCGUCGUCAUGAUCACGAACCUGGUGGAGAAAGGACGAAGAAAGUGCGAUCAGUACUGGCCGUCAGAGGUGCAGGAGGAGUACGGCAGCUUCCUGGUGACAGUGAAAAGCAGCAGAGUCCUCGCCUACUACACCCAGAGGACCUUCAUCGUCAGGAACACCCACGCCAAAAAGGGCUCACAGAAGGGACGGAGCAACGAGCGGACGGUGACACAGUACCAUUACACCCAGUGGCCCGACAUGGGCGUCCCAGAGUUCGCCCUCCCGCUUCUUAGCUUCGUCCGCAAGUCGUCCAGGGCCAGAACAGACGGCAUGGGGCCGGUGGUGGUGCACUGCAGCGCCGGCGUCGGCCGGACAGGGACCUACAUCGUCCUGGACAGCAUGCUGAAGCAGAUGAGAGACGAAGGCACUGUCAACAUCACAGCUUUCCUCAGACACAUCCGCAUGCAGAGGAACUACCUGGUCCAGACAGAGGAACAGUAUGUUUUUAUCCACGAUGCCUUGGUGGAAGCCAUCUUGUCUGGAGAGACAGAGGUGGCGGCGACUCGGCUGCACAGGUACGUGGACGAGCUGCUGAUCCCGGGGCCUGCUGGGAGGACGCGCCUGGACAAACAGUUCAAGCUGGUUUGUCACUCGGCAGUGAAGCAGUGCGACUACUCUGCAGCUCUGCAGGUCUGCAACCGCAGCAAGAACAGAAACUGCUCUGUGAUACCUGUUGAGAGGUCACGAGUGCGUCUGUCUACAUCGGCGGGGGAAACGUCGGACUACAUAAAUGCGUCGUACAUCACAGGUUACAGGCAGAACAGCGAGUUCAUCGUUACCCAGAAUCCUCUGCCUGGCACCGUAAAGGACUUCUGGAGGAUGAUAUGGGACCACAACGCCCAGGUCAUCGUGUCGCUGCCGGGGACACCAGCAUGUGGGGUGGAGGAGGAGGAGGAGGCGGACUUGCAUGCCUUCUGGCCCCGCAAAGGGCAGCCAAUCAGCUACGAGAUGUUCACUGUCACUCAGAGGAGCCACGAUAACAUCUGUCUGGCCAACGAGGACAUGCUGGUGGUCCUGGAGUACGUUCUGGAAGCCACGCAGGACGACUAUGUUUUGGAGGUGAAACACUACCGUGCCCCCCGCUGGCCGAACCCAGACAGUCCCAUCAGCAACAUCUUUGAACUGCUCAACCUGGUGAAAGAGGACAGCACAGCCAAGGAUGGCCCGACUGUGGUCCACGAUGAUGUGGGUGGAAUCACAGCAGGAACAUUCUGCGCUCUACUGUCCCUGACUCGCCAGCUGGAGGCUGAAGGUUCAGUCGAUGUCUUCCAAGUAGCCAAACUGACAAACCUCAUGAGACCAGGAGUCUUCAGCGACAUCGAGCAGUACCAGUUCCUGUACAAAGCCAUGCUGAGUCUCAUCGGGACGCAAGAAGACGAGAAAACCUUCCAGUCCUCCGACAUCAAUGGUACCAUCGUGGUGGGAACUGCCAGCACCGCAGAGAGCCUUGAAUCCCUGGUGUAACUGCCCAAAAGAAAAAAAAAAACAAAACAAAACAAAAAAAAAACACACAAAGAACUUUUGCAAAUGAGCA